AAUAUUCAUGUAGGACAAAGGUCCUAUAUAUAACAAACAAGAUAACCAAUUCCAAGAGACUGAAAACUUGUGCCUAUUGGCAAGAAGAAAAACAGAUGAAUAUGAACAGUCUAUUUCAGUUUGUCUUCCUUUCCUCUCUAGCUCUUUCCGUUUCCAUUUCAGUUUCUGGUCAACAACAAUCCCUUGAGUUCCUUAACCUAUGUGAAACAAGUGAAGACAUUGUAACAGCUUCAUCAAACAGUGAGUUUCCUAUAGCUGUUUCUCUGAACAAAGAAAACCUCAAUCAUGUCUCUAACAACAUUUUGUUAGCUGAAACUUGGCUUAGGUCAAAUAUUUUCCCAUUUUACCCUUCAUCAAGAAUCACCAACAUUGUUGGAAAAACCUCAACUUUCUGUCAAAAAGACCAAAACCUAAACCAAAACAACCUUAUUUUGGUUCUGUCUGCUUUGAAAAACCUCCAUCACUCACUCAAAAGAUGGGGUUUAGAACAAGACAUCAAAGUCUCCAUUGCUCUUGAUUUACAUUGCUUCAACCCAGACACUGAUUUGAAAAUGGUUAAACCCAUGACUGAGUUUCUCCAAUCUGUUAACUCAACAUUCUCCCUCAUCCAAAACUCAGAUAAAAAUCCAAACUUUAUCACUUCCCACUUAGAAUCCAUGAAAAAGCUUGGAUUUUUCAACCUCAACAACAUCAUAAACAUUGCCACCAUUGUCCCAAAAGAGAGACAAACCAUAACCAUAACCAAAACCAGAAAACUUUAUGUAACCACAAUCCCUGUCAAACCAACCCCAUUUCCAGAAAUUGCUCAACCCCCUUUGAGUUUCCCUGCUGGGUCACCUUCAAAUUUACCAAAUUCAGAACCUUUACCACCUUUAGCUCAAAUAGUUUCAUCACCACCACCAAUUGCUUCUCCCAGUUUCUCCCCUCAAGAACAACCAUCUCCACUUCCACCACAGUUUCUUGCUCCUCCUGCUAACUCUCCUCACUAUGGUUUCUCUCUACCACCUUGCAAUCCAGUUUAUACCGGUUCACCUUCACAUUCACCGUCACCUUAUCCAAAUACAGUUCCUGUUCAGAAACUUUGGUGUGUUGCAAAGCCUAGUGUUCCUGAAGAAACGCUGCAACAAGCUUUGGAUUAUGCUUGUGGUGAAGGUGGUGCUGAUUGUAUGGAGAUUACAACCUCACAAGGGAGUUGUUACUACCCUGAUAACUUAGUUGCUCAUGCUUCUUAUGCUUUUAAUAGUUACUGGCAGAAACAUAAGAGAAAUGGUGGAACAUGUAACUUUGGAGGAACUGCUAUGUUGAUUCAUUCUGAUCCAAGUUUCCUUCAUUGUAGGUUUAUUCUGAGCUAGAUUCAUGUGGAAAAAGAGUUGUCUGUGUUUUGAUUAUUUUAAUGUAGAGAAUCCUAUGUUAAGGUUACUAUGUUUUUUUGGUUGGUUUUGCUGUUAUGUAUAAACUACUAUGUGGACCAGUUUGAAGAAUUUAUGUUGUUGUAAGAAACUAAAUUGAGUAUCAUGAAUCAACUAAAUUGUCGCUGGAUUCAUUUUAAAUAAAAUUAUCAACUUGUUUUAGUGGAAAA